AUGUUUAGGAAAGCUGCUGUGCCCACGGUCUCUAAUGGAAGCUACUUGCAGGGACGAGUUAAUGGCAAGUUGUCCUCUAUGGACAGCGGACAGCCAGCCCGGGAGGGGAAAGUUGUGCUGAAGAAGAAAGUGACGCUUUUGAGGGGGAUAUCCAUCAUAAUUGGCACUAUCAUUGGAGCUGGCAUCUUCAUCUCUCCCAAAGGCAUCCUGAAGAACACAGGCAGCGUGGGCAUGUCCUUGACUGUCUGGACAGUGUGUGGUAUCCUCUCACUUUUUGGUGCCCUCUGCUAUGCUGAACUAGGAACGUGCAUUAAGAAAUCUGGUGGUCACUACACCUAUAUCCUGGAGGCCUUUGGCCCAUUACCUGCAUUUGUGAGGGUCUGGGUUGAACUGCUCAUCAUUCGCCCUGCUGCCACAGCAGUGAUAUCAUUGGCGUUUGGACGCUACAUCUUGGAGCCUUUCUUUAUGCAGUGUGAAAUCCCAGAACUUGCGAUUAAACUUAUUACAGCUGUCGGCAUCACACUGGUGAUGGUCCUGAAUAGCACAAGUGUCAGCUGGAGUGCCCGCAUUCAGAUGUUCCUUACCUUUUGUAAGCUUGUAGCUAUUCUGAUAAUUAUAGUCCCUGGAGUUAUCCAGCUAAUUAAAGGAGAAACACAGCACUUUAAAAAUGCCUUUUCAGGGAAUGAUGCCAGUGUUAUGGGAUUGCCACUUGCUUUCUAUUCAGGAAUGUAUGCCUAUUCAGGCUGGUUUUACCUCAAUUUUGUUACCGAAGAAGUGGAAAACCCUGAGAAAAACAUACCCCUCGCAAUAUGCAUUUCAAUGAUUAUCGUCACAGUUGGCUAUGUGUUAACAAACGUGGCUUAUUUCACUACAAUCAGUGCUGGGGAAUUGCUGCUUUCAAAAGCUGUAGCAGUGACCUUUGCCGAACGACUAAUGGGAAACUUCUCUUUAGCUGUACCCGUGUUUGUUGCUCUCUCCUGCUUUGGAUCUAUGAAUGGUGGCAUUUUUGCGGUCUCCAGGAUGUUCUUCGUUGCAUCCCGUGAGGGUCACCUUCCAGAAAUUCUCUCCAUGAUUCAUGUCCGCAAGCACACUCCUCUGCCAGCUGUCAUUGUUUUGCAUCCUCUCACAAUGAUAAUGUUAUUCACUGGAGAUCUCUACAGCCUCUUGAAUUUCCUCAGCUUUGCCAGGUGGCUUUUUAUUGGACUAGUAGUUGCUGGGUUGAUUUAUCUCAGAUAUAAACGUCCUGAUAUGCCUCGUCCUUUCAAGGUUCCUUUAUUUAUUCCAGCGUUGUUUUCCUUCACUUGCCUCUUUAUGGUUGCGCUGUCACUUUACUCUGACCCAGUGAACACAGGGAUUGGAUUUGCAAUAACCCUGACUGGCAUUCCUGCCUACUACCUCUUCAUUGUAUGGGACAAUAAGCCAAAGUGGUUCAGAAAGCUUCUAGGUAAGGUAACCACAACAUUGCAAAUCCUCUUGGAAGUCAUCCCAGCAGAGGAAGAUCAGAAAUCAUGAUCAUCAUGUGCAGCUUUUUGGCUUGGUGUUUCAUUUCUACCUGAAAUAAAAAGAGUAGGGAGAUUUAUCCACCUUCCUAAUGUGCUGCAAACUGGAGGAACAAGUCACAGUUGCAAUGGAUACCGAACAAGUCCCUUACCAGAAUUGCCUUUUAUGAUGCUGUUGCAACAUUUUUUUUGACAUAGUUGGUCUAUUCGUAGAAAGCAAGUACUUGUGUAUGAGGGAACUCUUUACUGUUUCUUUUGGUACAGUGUCUUAUUUUAGCAAACUGUAAGUUCAUUAUACUGGGAUUUUGUUUGCCUUGUCACUGAAGAUAGGUUUAAAUGAUGUGUAAUAGCUGGGUGUACUGUGAAGAAUGGAUCUUGCUUUCUGUUC